AUGGAUUCGUCAGACAGUGAAAGUAGUGAUUUUGAUCUGCAACUGGAAACCCUUGGAGAAAAUAGUAACGCCAUUUCUGAAACUAUUCAUAAUCUGCUUGAACAGCUUUCCAGUAAUUUGUAUCAAUAUGAUACUCACGUUCAGUAUAUCCAUGCUCUUCGUCAGGCUGCAUUAUAUGAUGAGUUAAAAGAAGCUCGAGAAUUGAUGCACAGCAUUUUUCCUUUAUCAGAAGAAAUGUGGCGCGAAUGGAUAGAAGAUGAAUCGCGAAUAGCUUCUACAAAAGAGGAAAAACAUAGAGUGAUUCAUCUUUAUGGUAAAGCCGUCGAAGAUUAUCUAUCGAUCAACCUUUGGAAGGAUUACACAAGUUAUGUAGUUCAAGAAUACAAAAGCGGCCUUAAUGAAAUGCAAGUAGACAAAGAUGAAUCUGAAUGUGUUGUAACGUUAGAUCAGGUUCGCAAAAUAUUUGAAGAGGCGAAUAGAGAAAUUUGUUAUUAUAUAACUGAGAGUCACCAAAUAUGGGACGCGUAUAGAGAUUUUGAAAUAGAAAUUCUAGAGGCCUCACCUCGGGAUGAUGAACAAAAGAGCAGAGUAAGAAAAAUGUACGAAAGUAGACUCAAAAUCCCACAUGCGACCAUUGAUAAAACCUUUAGUGAUUAUUCAACAUUUAUAACACAAUAUGAUAAUUUACAUUAUGAGAGCGUUAUGAUAGAGACCAAUAAAUAUGUAAGUGAAUCCAAAGACAAAUAUUACCAAAGAGAUCGUUAUGAAAACGCAUUGGUAUCUUCAGGAAAUGCAUUGGAUAAAUUCAUGGAUUACAUUGAAUUUGAAAAAAAACAGAAGAAACAGAUCGUGAUUGCAAUACGCACUUUAUACGAGAGAGCAAUUGCUAUUUAUUAUCUUGAAUAUUCCCUAUGGGAAGAUUAUAUGUUAUAUCUAAUUGAUAAAAAUUUAACAGAUAAGAAAGUUUCUCUUAGUAUUCUUAUAAAAACAGCUGAGCGUAGUGUUCGAAAUUGUUCAUGGUCAGGAGACCUUUGGAGUCAUUAUAUAAGGCUUUUAGAGAAAAACUUUAGUUCUGAAGAAAUCGUCAAUGUAUAUAACCGAGCAUUGUCAACCGGUAUGCUCAAGAAUAAUAUCGAUGAUUUGAUCAAGCUGGUCAUUUCUUACGUUGACUAUGAAAGAAGACAAAUUCUAACUUAUCAAGGGUCAAUGAGUCAAGUAAAUUCUUCUAAUCUUGUAAAUCUUCUUGAAGAAGGAAUAAAAACAGUGAAAGAAAUAUUUCAAACUGGCGAUCCUCAUUACCGUUUAGAAAAAUAUUUGAUUGAGAUAGAGACUUUGAUCAAAGAUCUACCUAAAGCGCGGCAGGUUUGGGAGAAUUUAAUUAAAGAUCAUCGAAAUGAAUCCGAAUUUUGGAUUAGAUAUGCAGAUUGGGAAAAGACUGCCGAAAAUAUUAUUGAUGCUCGUAGGAUUUACAAAAAGGCUUCACAACAGAAUACCGACUGGCCUGAGCGCAUAUUUGAUGCGUGGGAACAAUUUGAGCAUCAAUAUGGAACAGUUGAUCAUUUGGAACUCGCGGUGAUAUGUAUAAAAAAGCAAAUGAAGAUUGUUGCCCAAAGACGCGAAAAAGCCUUGAAAGAGGUUCAGAAGGUUCAGAACGAAGGAUCAUCCCAGAUUACUCCAGCAAUGCAAAUUGAUGAAUCUUUACAAACUAUUGAUCAUCUAUCCUCUGAGCAGAAUUCUUCUGAAGCAAAGAAAAGAAAAUCUGAAGAGAAUGAACAACAAUUACCAUCAGCAAAAAGAAAUAAAGCUCAACAAUUUGAAAAACCUAAACGAGAUCGAGAGUUUGCCACAGUGGCUGUUUCCAAUUUGCCUCUCGGUGUAAAAGAAGGGGAAUUGAAAAACCUUUUUCAUGAAUGUGGAGGAAUUAAAGAUAUUCGUAUCUUGGAAGACGCAUCUAGUACCCAUAAAACUGCUUAUGUUGAAUUUAAUGAAAGGGAAAGUGUUCCUGCGGCACUAACUAAAGAUAAGAAAAAGAUAGGGGAACAAGAGAUUAGCGUGUAUACGUUAUCAGAACGUAUUUUAUAUGUCACCAAUAUCCCACCUUCUGCAGAUGUAAAAGAACUAUUUAAUGAGUAUGGAGAAAUAAUCUCUGUACGAUUACCAAAUUCUAAAUACAGGAAAGGAAGGUUCUGUUAUGUAGAAUUUAAAGAAAGGGAAUCUGCACAAGCUGCUCUGGAAAAGGACGGUUACGAAUUAGAACCUGGAAAAAAAAUUUGUGUUAUGAUAUCGAACCCAUUAUUAAAGAAAGAACGAUCACCACCAGUUCAGACUGAAGUCUUAAUUCAUGUUAGAAUGCCUAAGACGCCUGAUAAGAAAUGUAAGGGGGUCGCAUUUGUAGAAUUCAAAAAUAAGGAGGAUGCGAAAGCGUCUCUUGGUUUAAAUUCUACGGAAUUUAAAGGAUAUGUUUUAAGUGUUUCACUUAGCGUAACUGAUCGCAAUCGUGGUCAAAAAGAAGGUACCGCUAAUGAAAAAAAGAAGGAAGUCAAACGUAAACAGGAAGAAGUUAAGGAAAGUGAAAAACGAUCGAGAACUGUUACUUUUACUAAAUUGCCUAAAGACACUUCUGAAGAUGAUAUCCGAUGA